AUAUGUGCAAUCCAGAUCAGGCACGCCAUUCCACCCCACCAGAACCCCGCAUUUCGUUAUGGUUGGUCUUCAACCUCAUAUCACAACGUCAACAUCACCACAUCAUUUUCUCUUCAUAGAAUCCAGUCAAUUAUCUUUGAAUAGUAACUAACCUCAAUCCAAGUUCCUUCGUACAAAAUCACACCCAUCACUAUCCAUCAACAUCCAUCAAUACCCAAUCCCACCACCAUCCAUCCAUCCAUCAUCAUGACCUCAACCCUAAACUCCAAGCUCUUCCCAACCUUUGAAACCCUCUCAAUCCCUAUCAAUCCCACUGUCUCAAUCAACACACUUAUCGGUCCUAAUAAUGGUCCUCCUCUUCUUCUUAUUCAUGGGUUUCCGCAAUCGCUUCAUAUUUGGCAUUUAGUUGCUCCGCGGUUGGUGGGUGAGUUUUCCCUGGUUUUGGUCGAUUUGAGGGGUAUGGGGAGUGUUGUAGCGGGGGUAGGGGAGUUGGUGAGGAUGAUGGGGAUGGGGGAUGUGGAGAGUUUAGUAAGAGUGUUAUGGUAGGUUUCUUUUGGGGGGUUUUGUUUGUCUAUCGUUUUUUCUUUUGUGGUAGGUGGUACAGGUGACAGAUGGAAGGCCUGAUAUGACAGUUAGUUUGCUGUUUUUUCUUCAAAGAGAACAAAAUACUUUCGGAUAAGUGUCGGAAAGCAACAAGGACAAGAAAGCAGAUUCAAUUAUCACAUCCAGAACUCCCAGUUACCUCACACAAUCCAUAAAAUCCACUAACGUCCUCCCCAGGGCUCCGACCUCCUAACCGUCAUGACCUCACUAGGUCACCCACAUUUCUCCAUCCUAGCCCACGACCGCGGCGCCCGCGUCGCCCAUCAACUAGCCAUCAACCACCCUGAAGCCAUCAAAAAACUAAUGUUACUCGACAUACUCCCCACACUAACCAUGUACGAACAUGGAAAAUAUACCUGGUAUCAGAAAUACUGGCAUUGGCCCUUCCUCUCUCAACCGUUUCCCUUUCCUGAAAAAGCUAUUCUUUCGAAUCCGGCACUUUUUGCGGAGAAAUUUUUGGGGAAGGCCGGAGUGGGAAAAGGGUUUAUUUUUAAUGAGGAGGUGAGAGCUGUUUAUGAGAGAACGUUGGAAGAUGAGAAUUGUGUGCAUGCUAUGUGUGAGGAUUAUCGGGCUGGGGUGACGAUUGAUCUUGAGGAGCAAAGGAGGGAUAGGGAGGCGGGGAGGAAGAUUCAAUGUGAUGUUUUUGUGGUUUGGGGGGGAAAGGGAGCGAUAGAGAGUGAGUUUGGGGAUGUGCUGGGGUUGUGGAGGGAGGUUUGUGAGGGAAAGGUUGAGGGGUGUGCUGUUGAUGGGGGACAUUAUGUUCCGGAGGAAUGUUCGGAGGAGUUGGUAGAGUUGGUUAAAAAAUGGUUUUAGAUUUGCUGGGGGAAAAGUGCGUGUUGAGCUGUGAAGUCAAGAUGUAUUUUUGUGGUGAUGAUAUGAUAGUCGUAGCUUUAUUCCGGAGAAUUGAGGAGUGAAUAUGAAGUUAACAGUGAAAGGAGUAAGUAGUAUAAAAACACUAUUUCGAUCCAGAAUCUUCCUCUUCCAAUAACCACCCAAACCUCAAUCGACGCAGAUUCGAUAAGGAAUAAUCGAAUAAUCGAAUAAAUCUAUAAUGUAUAUAUAAACC